CGAUUAAAAGUUAAAUGAUUUAAUGGCUAAUUUUUCAGUUUCCACGAGUCUCUGUUUCCUUUCUUGCUACAAUGACGCGUGAGUGAAAAGUACGCUUUCUCUUUCCGUGUGCGAUCAAAAAUCAAAUAAUUUAACGGCUAAUUUUGUAGCUAAACACUCUUGGCUCGCAUUUGACUCUGCAUCCGCCGGGCGUAAAAUUAUUUAGCGAGGUCCGUUGUCCUGGAAAGUUGAUCAUAAUUUUCGCGUGGAAUUGGCGACGUUUCGCAGGCGCGCAGACAUCGUCGUCGUUGUUGUUCGUGAAAUUUAUGCACCACCGCGUUCCAUAAAUCUUUCGCAUUUACAUUAUUCUGCCGAAAUCAUCGUCGCGCGCGUCAACAAUGUAGCUAACGGAUAAACGAAACCUGCCCAUUCAUUUAUUAUGGUCGGAUCACGUUUGAUACGUUGUUGACACCGAUCUUCGCGGCGCACGGUCCCCCUGAAGCUGUCCCGUUUACGAACUGUGUAUCGGUCUGACGUCACCGUUCCUGAUAUCCAAGCUCUCUCACGAUAAGCAAAUAUGUAUAUAUAAGAUCGCGAUGCAGACGCGAUUCACGUCGUGCACCAAAUCUAUCCGCAGAACACAGUGGUCCGUUGUGAACAAGUUGAUUAGGCUCCAGUCGACAAUGUCCGAUCCGAUAGUCACGGUGAAGCAGGGAAAGUUGCGAGGCGCCGUUCAGGAAAACGUCCUCGGUCUUGGUCGCUCUUUCAUCGCGUUUCACGAGAUACCGUUCGCUGCUCCUCCUGUCGGCGAUCUCAGAUUCAAGGAUCCGCAACCACCGGCACCAUGGACCGAUGUCAAGGACGUUCGGAUACCUCAUGGGAGGCGUUGCACGCAAUUACACGAACUCGAUGUCGAGAGAGUAACUGGCCAAGAGGAUUGUCUUUAUCUAAACGUUUACACCAAUUCGCUCCAAGAAUGUAAACCAGUGAUGUUCUGGAUCCAUGGAGGCGCGUUCCGUGUAGGAAGUGCCACCUUUCUAGAGAAGCAGCCUGACUAUUUGCUGGCGAAGGACGUCGUGGUUGUUUCGACUAAUCACAGACUCGGCGCUUUCGGUUUCUUGAAUCUGGGCCACAAAUUAGCACCGGGCAACCAAGGACUGAAGGACUUGAUCGCUGCUCUGGAAUGGGUCAAGGAGAACAUCGCGAAUUUCGGUGGUGAUCCGAACAACGUUACAGUUUUUGGCGCUAGCACCGGAGGAGUGUUGUGCCACGCAUUAUCAGUGUCGCCGCGAGCACGAGGACUGUUCCACAAAGCGAUCCUACAGAGCGGAUUGCUGAAUUGUUCGUGGGUUAUGAAUCAAAGCCGACCGGAGCGCUGUUUCAAGCUCGCCAAGCUGCUCGGCAAGGAUUCCACCGAUCCCGAAGAAGUUCUUCGAUACCUGCGCACCAUCGACGCCAAGAAAAUCGUGAAGGCUUACGAAGGCAUUCUCGAAGUCGAGGAACUAAAAGCGUUAGACCUCCCCUUUGGACUGAAUCCCGACUACAUGGCGGACGAUCCAGUCUUGCCGUUUCCUCUGGAAAAGAUGAUCACCAUGGACACGACUGUUCCUGUUAUUGUUGGAUACACGUCGCACGAGUUUCUGAUGUUUAUGAAAGGUGAUACGACGCCGCCGUCGAUAAGGAGGUUCAACGACUGGUUACCGCUAACGGUGAAAAAAUUGGCUUCGUUGAAAAAUCUCAGCCCUGAGAAAACCAAAAAAUUGUACGCGACCGUUAAAGAAACCUAUUUAAAUGGAAUGCCGAUUACCAUGGAUAACAUGGACGAAUUCGUGCGUUACGUAAGCGACUGUUAUUUCGGCAUUCCUGCGAAAAUAUUUGUAGAGGACCGGGUGAAGAGAUCGACACCGCCCACUUACUUUUAUGUGUACACGUACGUCGGUACUCAGAUAACGCACACGGACGCGCUGGUCAAACGUGUCAUCAAGGGAGCAUCGCACGUCGAUGAAAUGGCGUAUCUGUUUUAUCUGGCUUCCCUGAGAACCGACGAUCCGGAACCACCAGCGGUAGGAACGAAGGAUAGAACGAUGAUAGAACGUUUAACUACCAUGUGGACCAAUUUCGGUAAAACAGGAAAUCCUACGCCGUGCCUCGACGAGCACAUCAAAGUCAUCUGGGAGCCUGUGACGGAGAACGAUAUUAGGUAUUUGGAGAUCGGCGAUGAAUCCGUGAUGGUUUCUAUGAAGCCACACAUUUUCAGUUCGUAACGAAUACAUUUUCACCGACUGCGAAGCAACGACUGGAUCCCGCGGAUUUUUCUACGGAAGAAAAAUUGUCCGCAUGAACCGCGAGUCACUUAUUUCUGUCUUUAGUAAUUACAACGAGCCGAAUAUGGGUCCGGCUGUGUUUUUCAAUUUCACAAAUAUUUCUAUUCCUUUACAAUUGAUUCUACUUAUUUUUGUGAGAGAUGAAUGCGAUCCGCGGUCGCUGUUUACAAUAAAGUUUUGUAUUAUUAACGUUAA